UGCCAGAGCAGCUCAUGGGACAGGAAGAUAUUAUGCCGAUUGCAGGUCAUUGCAGUGCGGAGGCUGUGCGUGUGUUUGUAAUUUGUGGUUAUAGUGGGGAUGGGUUGUUACAUCAUAUUGCUAUAUGGUAAAGAGGCGUUGUUGUGAUUGCAGACAGCUGAUAAGGUGGGGGAUGGGUGCGAGGAGGAUAUAAUAUGCAACCCUGCUCUUUUCUUGCUCAGAGGACUGAGAGAAGAUGGCGGAGGGGUCCAGAGACCAGGCGGCGGGGGUGGGCACCACUGAUCCAGAGGACGACUCGCCCAAUAUGAUUGUCUACAGAAAGAUUGAAGACAUUGUUAUGCGAAUACAAGAUGAGAAAGCUGGAGGUGUAGCCAUCCGGACUGUCAAAAGUUUCCUGUCCAAGAUCCCAAGUGUGGUGUCAGGAGCGGAUAUUGUUCAGUGGCUGAUGAAAAACCUCUCCAUUGAGGAUGCAGCUGAAGCAAUUCACCUUGGAAGUCUGAUCGCUGCCCAGGGCUACCUCUUCCCCAUCUCUGACCAUGUCCUGACACUAAAAGAUGAUGGAACCCUUUAUCGCUUCCAGUCUCCAUAUUUCUGGCCUUCAAACUGUUGGGAGCCUGAAAACACAGACUAUGCCAUUUACCUGUGCAAGCGCACCAUGCAGAAUAAAGCCAGGCUUGAGCUAGCUGACUACGAGGCUGAGAACCUCGCCCGGCUGCAGAGGGCCUUCGCCAGGAAGUGGGAAUUCAUUUUCAUGCAAGCCGAGGCGCAAGUCAAAAUUGACAGAAAGAAAGACAAGGCAGAGCGGAAGAUCCUGGACAGCCAGGAGAGGGCAUUCUGGGAUGUCCAUCGCCCAGUGCCAGGCUGUGUCAACACUACAGAAAUGGACAUCCGCAAGUGCCGUAGAGAGAGAAAUCCACACAGGGUAAAAAAGUCGGUAUAUGGCGUACCAGACGACAGCCAGAGCCAGCCGAGUCCCGUCCACAUCAGCUCUCAGCCGGCCAGGAAGCCCACCAAAGAGGACGUACAGAAGGAGAUCACCUUCUUGAAUAUCCAGCUGGACAGACACUGUAUGAAGGUGUCCAAGGUGGCCGACAGUCUGAUGGGCUACACAGAGCAGUUUAUGGAAUAUGACCCUUUUGUGUCGGCCGUCGAACCCUCCAACCCCUGGAUCAGUGAUGACACCACCUUCUGGGAUUUGGAGGCAAGUCGUGACCCCAGCCAGCAGCGUGUAAAGAAAUGGGGUUUCUCUCUGGAGGAGGCGCUGAAAGAUCCGGCGGGACGGGACCAGUUCCUCAAGUUCCUGGAGUCAGAGUUCAGCUCGGAGAACCUACGGUUCUGGUUGGCGGUGCAGGAGCUGAAGCGACGGCCCCUGUGUGAAGUGGCCUCCAGGGCCCAGGAGAUCUGGCAGGAGUUCCUGGCCGAGGGAGCGCCGAGCUCCAUCAACCUGGACUCCCACAGCUACGAACGCACCAGCCAGAACCUCAAAGACCCCGGACGCUACAGCUUUGAGGACGCUCAGGAGCACAUAUUCAAAUUAAUGAAAAGUGACAGCUAUGCACGCUUCUUGCGAUCCAACAUCUACCAAGACCUCCUGUUAGCCAGAAAGAAGCAGCCAGCAGACACUGAACAGGGCCGCCGCACCUCCUUGGAGAAGUUCACCCGCAGCGUGGGCAAGUCAUUGACGGGCAAGCGCCUGACAGGCCUGAUGCAGUCGUCCUGACAUAGCCUGGGCUGGAGGGCUUUAGCCAGACCCCCAUGGAGGGGUGACUGCCACACAGGGGCGGGGACUGGGACUGGGACGGGGGCAGGGAGGGAGGACCCGGGCAGGACAGGGCUGCUGUGGAGGCCCGCAGACACUGCCCAGGGGACCGCUGCUGUGCUGGGACAGCAGCGCUGGGCCUGCCGGGGUUAAAACCCCCAACUGAACCGCUGAGGAAAGGACAAUGUUGACAAGGGGAACCUCAGCCAACGCACCACAUGGCAUGCAACAUACAGUACAAGCACAUUCAUAUUAGGGCUGCCCCCUCUUCCUCAGCUUGUGGACCACUCUGUCAGGGUCUCAGUCGACUGAGUCAGUCAGUUUUGGUUUGUUUUCUUUUUUGUAUAUCUUGGAAAAUUAAAAGCACAUUUCCGGUAUUGGUCUUUGCUAAACACUCCAUCUGAAGGCUAUUUGGCAAAAUUUCAAACAUUUUCAGGAGGACAAUAAUAUGAAAAAAAUCAGGAGAUUGAAUGGAUAAUUGUUUUAGUUGACAAAUCCUUAAACAGCCAGGGGACAGUCCUAAUUCAGACACAGAUACACACUUAGCUCUAUACAAAGUCAAAGCGGCACAUGGACUCAAACACUGAUCUACUCUACAAACAGUGUGUCUCUGUACUCACAAGGCAGCCAGCAAUAAAGAGAGCAGGAGACCACUUUGGUUAGAUAUUUAUUCAGUCUCUUUUUAUAUCCUUGAAAUUUAUAUCAUAUCUGUUUCUUAUAAAGCACAUGAUAUAUGUCACUUAUCUGAUGGACAUAAUUUUGGCAGUGAUCAAGAGUGUAUUUCUGUUUUUCCCAUGAAUUAUAAGUACUGUCUACAGAAUAGAUUUUUUUUGAGGGUAUGAUUUUUCAUGCUUCAUUACAUUCCAAAAUCCGGCAUAAGGGCUUAAUGUAGCAUCGACAAUGCAUCCUUGCAUGUUUCAUCAAAAUGUCUUUGUUUGGAAUUAAUGUUUGGUUUCUACAGUAGUGCUUUGCAACAAGACUCAUGGCGCAGUAGGCUUUGAUAGCAGACAGGCUAAAACCCACAUUUGCCAUUCUGGUUAAACGGCUUUAACUGCAGAAGUGGCAAAUUAGCACACCGCUUACAUAACUUCCGAGGCCUGAAUACCCACACAGAAUAAGGUAUUAAGUUUUCUGCUACACACUCUCAAAUUUGUCAGUCCCAGUAUCGAGCUGCCAGUGUGAAUAACCGAGUGUGUUACAAACACAGCCCCUAAUGGUUACAUCAGUCCUGUUGUAUGAAUCGAAAUGAUUUGAGGUGUUAUUUUAUUCCCAGUUAGACUGAGUUUGGACACACAAUUGCUGACGAAUGUCACAUUGAAUCAUGUCAUGUAUGAAAAUGGCAGAUGCUUUCUGGGCUCCAAGUGCAGUCUAAUUUUAAAAGUUGCCAAUGCCAUGGGUCCAUCUGGUGGGAGGUAAACCCCAAGACCAGACCGAGGACCAAGAGUGUUACACCGCCUUCACAUCAUUUUUAGUUAGCUUUUUUUUAUGAUUAUAUCGAAACUAACCACUCUCCAAUUAAAGGAGAGAGGCCUGUUGCCCAACAUGGAAAGUUCAUUUAUGUUUUUUCCUUUUUUGCAUUUGUAUUGCAUGAAUAUCUCAUCGUUUUGUUUUCUCAGAUGGUGAAACAUGCCCUUCUUGUUGAGAGAAAAAAAAAAAUGUAUGCCACAACUCUUCACCGAAUAUCCGUCAUGUACUUGAUGAGUGAUGGUGAAACUGUGCAUGAUGUUAGACAGUGGUAGAGUGCUACUGUAGGGAAAGACAGAUGGUUUGGACCACUCAGCACAUUGCUGCACUCACCAAAGACAGCAGACACACAGGGAAAUGCCCUUUAACCACUGAUCUGGAGCAACAGCCUCCAGUGAAUGGACAGCAACCUCCCUGGAAUGCAACUGGGAACAGAGUUUGACCCAUCAUGGCCGCCUCAUGCUGAACUGAAAAGAGAUCAGGGGACAGAGAAGGCCUCUGCUCCUCUGGCCUCGCUCUUCUUCGUCACACAGAAAGCCGUUGGAUUGAGGGGAUUUCGGCCUCACAGCUCCCUCGUAAGGCCAUGGUGUCUACUGCCAGUGACUGCUACAGUGACUUUAGACUACAGCACUGAAUGAGUGAAUCAUCUCCUCCAGACUAUUACUUUCUGUUAGAGUCAUUGCAAUGCACUGUACAGGUCAUAUUUAUAAUAAUCAUCAUUAUUAUCAUAAACCAAUAGCCUCUUGAUUAUAAGGUAGAGAGAGAGAUGCUUAAUCCAUCAAGUCAGUGUACUGAAUAUUAUUCUGAAUAUUAUUCUUUGCACAAACACAAUGACACUAUGUACAGAGUGCAUUAUAGAUAAAAAGGAAAAAAAAAAUUGGCUCUAUAGAUUUUCAUUAACCCAAAAAAGCACACAUUAUGAUAUGGGCACAUUACUAUGCAUGUAACAUAUCCAGGGCAUUUUGUGCUUAUAGUUUCUCAAUCAGCAAGACAACUACUGGCACUCGAAAACACAAGCACCUGCUAUCUUAUUAUGGGUACCAAAUAAUAAAAUCUCUGGACCUGUC